AUUUACAAUAAAAGUAAAAGCAAAAUAACACCAAGAGUCCAGAGAUGAGACAGUUAUUGAAUAAUAGAACUUAAAAGCUAAUCAUUAUGAUCAAAAUAUUUUUUAAACAUUAGAACCAUAGUUCAAGUUUUGUUAAAGAUGUCCAAUUCCUUAAACAUUAAUCAAAGUCGGUCGCAACUUGCUUUAAUUGAUGAUGAAGGCUACCAGUUCCAAGAAAAUAAUAUGUUUGUUUUUGUGGUAGGAUAACUAAAAUUAAUUAACUUAACUUUAACUAUAGUAGCCCGCCAAACAUUGGCGACACGCGUGAACUUCCCAUCUACUAAAGUUACUUGACAAAACAUGAACUGAAGUAACGCACAUUUAAGAAUUUCCAUUUUUGUUAAACCGCUUCCUCCAUGAUACAUCUCUGCACACUUUUUAUUUCACGCCCAUUUCCAUGAACUAGGGUAAGUAAGGCAGGGCAUUAAGCACCACCUUUUAAUUGCUUUCUGUGAUUACUGUUGUGAAUUUUCUCUCCUAUAAAAAAAAUACAAUGCCAAUUUAUACGUUUAUGGUUUAUUAUGACAAAAUAAUGUCUUUUGCCUUAAACCAGGCUGAAAUAAACAACAAAAACAUAAAAUUUUAGGAAAUAUAGCUUGUCAAAAAAGUUUAAUGAAAUUUGACACAACAAAUGAAUGUGGGGUAAUAAGCACCGGGGCUAUGGGGUAAAAAGCACCUCGUCUACUGUGUGCAAAAUUUUGCAAACCCACUCCUGUCCUUCUAAGUCUUCCAAAGAGUAGGAUGUAUUGACGCAACUUAGGUGGUACCAUAUGUCGCAAAUGUCACAUUGGACCCAGUUGAAGCCCUCAGAUUGUCCACAACGUCCACAAUGCUCUUCAUUUUCUUCAUCCUGAUUACAUGUUGCAAGAGGACUGCGAGACCUGGUACUGCUUGGAGAGGUCUGCCUUUUGCCCUUUCCCUUUCCUUGUCCCUUUGAUGCUACAAUUGUUCUUUGAGCACUUUCUUCUGAAGUCAGACAUUCCCCAUACCUGAAACUUUGAAUGCGUGCAGACCUCCCACUAUUUUGACCUUUCAUCAUUGGUUCAAAUUGUUUCAUAAAAAAGUCUUUUAGGGUUGAACCCUCCGAUGCAAGUGGGAUAUCAAUAUGACUUGACGUUGAAGUAGAAUGUUCAGGCUGAUGAUUUGGUGUUGGUGGAGGCUGCUGAAUGGACUCAGUUGAUGUGGAGGUUGACGUAGUCGGCUGAACGGCGGACAAGGGUGAGUCAUCUGUCAGAGUGGAUGGUUCAAAACAGCAUGUGGGGUUUGGUGGUGGAGCACUUCUGCCACCAGCAUUGUCCAUUGACACUUGGGGCCUUUUAGGUACAUUAACCCGUUGUCUAUUGAAAGGGCAUAGUCCUGUUGACUCAAAUCCUGACUUGAUAACAUCAGGCGUGAAUGAUUCCUGAAACAGUUUCUUUAAUAUACUUGGAAAGUCUUUCUUCCCCACUGGUCCUGAAUGUGUCCUGGCAUGUUUCACCAGAUAUGACUGCAACAUGGCCUUAACUGGUCGAAACACUGCCUUGCAGAAGAUGAGUGAGGUGUGAAGGCAGACGGAGGAGGACAACAUUGUUCUUCUUUGCUGUUUCAAUCAGUUCCUUGGAUAGAUGUGACACAUGGCCAUCAAACACAAGAAGUCUUGUUUUGUUUUUGACAUCUGCAAUGUGUUUCAAAAAGAUCUUCUGAAAUCAUUCUAGGAAAAAUGGUGACUCCAUCCAUCCUUUGUUGCUAGUUGUGUAGCAUGCAUGGUCUGGUCCAUCUUCAGUCCAUGCCAUGUACAAGUUCUUUCCAUUGUAGAUUAUGAAAGGAGGAAGAGUCUUGCCGCUGGCAGACACAGCACAGCUGACCGUGAUUUGCUCUCUGCCUGAGCCUCCAAUGCUUUGUGUUAACCUUUUUGCGCCUUUUUCUGCUAACACCAUCUGUGGCCUGGCAUCUGUCAUGAACCCUGUUUCAUCAACGUUGAAAAUCUGAUCACUGUCACGUAUGAUGCCAUGCUCAUCCAGGACUUUUUCUAAAAGGUCGAACCAAGCCGCAUCCUCCGCUCUUGCUCUAGCAUUACUCAGGUGCUCAGUUUUUCUGAACACAAGGUCAGGGUUGCGCUUCAGGAAAAGAUGUACCCAGUCUUUGCCUGGUCGACCAUUUACAAAAGGAGUCUCCAACUUGAGAGACAGGGUGAACUGUUGAACAACUGUUUUUAGUUCUUCUGUAGAAAAUCCCCAACCCCAGCUUGCCAAAAGUUUCAAGCACUCAGCAAGUUCUUGCUCAUGUAGAGAACACAGGGUGGUGCUCCUGCCAGCAUGGGCAUUAACUGGAAUUUCCCCAUUUAACUCAUAGCAGUAGUGAUUUUUUGUUGACGCUAUAGUACCUAGAAGCCUGGCUCAAAGACAUUUCUUUCUUCAUUACUGCAUUGUAUGCAUUAACCAUCUCCUGGUACUUUUCAAAAAAAUUCUUCCUUGCUCCUUUAUUCUUCUUUUGUAGGUACGUACCAUUCUGAAACACAACAAAGAAAAAGGUGCUUACUGCCCUGCACUGUGUCUCCAACCUCAUGCAAGGAUAUUGUUAAAAAAUCAAACGAUGAAUCACUCUUUUCCUGCUUGCUCUUUGCACAUAUUAUUAUAAACAUUUCUGGAGCUAAAUACAAACUUUAAACAGUUUUCUUUCAUCAAAUAUAAAUGUUUAGCCCAUAAACUUACCCAUACAGCUAAGGAAAGUCAAACAUGGGGCAUUAAACACCCCCCUAUAAAAAUCCCUUCAAAUAGGCCUACAUUAUACUUUCAUGGUACCAAUGCAAUUAAAAUUGUUUGGAAGUGCACUCUAUUAAUUGAACUGCGCAUAUUCUACAGCAAAAAAAAAAAUGAAAACUGUCAAAUGAAAAAAUGUUAACAUAGGCCCAACUUCAUAUUUCACAUUUUGGUAAAAUGCACCAUGCAUGAGGGUUAGGUCAGAAUAAAAUUUUAUACAAAUCAAAUCAAUCACAUCAUCAAAAUAAAAAAGAUGUAAUACUUACAUGGAGUCUUUCUUGAAUCUUUUAGGCAAUUUAGAACACUUUCAGGUGAGCAAUAAUGAUGUCAGAAAAGUUUUUAGGACUAAACAUUCAAAGAGCAAAAAGUUUUAAGCGCACUUUCAGCAUGUGUCAAGGAGGGCAGGAAGUGGUCAUUAAAAUCACAGUAAAACAAAAUAAUUUUCAUUGGUUUCGAAAUUAACAUUGGGUUGAAAGCCGUCUUCUGAUAGGUUUAAACUAAAUAAGGCUGGUUUGCUUUUUGCCCCAUGCUAUUUAAGUAUAGUUACAGAGUUAAUCCUCAGGGCCCCCCCUGUGACUGGUGCCUAUUACCUCAUGGUGCUUAAUGCCCUGCCUUACUAUUAAAUAUUCUGAUGUCCCAACCACUUUGAAACAAAAUAUUUUUGACACCAUACUUAAAUUGACACAAGUUCAUUUUCCGAAAAGAAAAUUUUACUCACUCAAAAACAUAUGGUGAACGAUUUUUCUCUUUCUGUGCCCCCAAACAAUGGAAUUCUCUUCCAUUACACAUCCGCAAUAUACCGACCAUCAUACAUAGCCUUCUGUCCUGGGAUAUCUGCACCCAUGUAGUGGGGUUGAUGCUGAAGGCCUUUAGUGCAGCUUUCAGUGAGUCUUUGUAGUGCUUUUUUUUUUACCUCCUUGGCUUGCUUAUCGUGAGUUCUCUGAAGAAAAUUGUUUUGGGAGCCGAUGGUCUUCUAUAUGGGCUACGUGUGCCAUCCAAUGUUGUUGAGACUGCAUCAGGGUGGUGAAGAUACUAGGUAGGUUUGCUCUAUGUCAGGAACUUUGACUUGCCACCUGAUGCCGAGGAGUUCCCUGAGGCAGGUUGUUUGAAAAUGGUUCAGUUUCUUGGCGUGAUGCAGGUAGACUGUCUAUGUUUCACAUCCGUUGAGCAAUGUACCACGCUAUAUAAAACCACUAAUAAUAAUAAUAAUAUUUGUAAAAAAUAUUAUUUAGCGUAGUUAUCGGGAAUUAUAUUUUACGCGCGUUGGAACUUUUUGUUGAACCAUACUUUCCUUCUAUCAAACAUUUAGAAUUAUUUGUAAUACACUCUCAAUACCAAAUUCGCUGAUUAGGAAGCAGUUAUAAAUGGAAGCAGUCCACAAGUCACACCUGAAGCGUCAUAGUAAUAUAUAUAUUAGAGAUAUUAAUAUAAUAUGUAAUAUUAUAUAUAAAUAUUUUAUUUUAUUGAUAUAAUCUCUUGUCUUAUAUAUACAUUUUGCUUCUGGUGUGGCUGCUUCCAGUUCACAACUGGUCCUCCCCCUACUCAACAUGUUUUAUAGUACUGAGUGGAGAAAAAAAAGGUUAAAUAUCUUCUGAGUUGACUAUUAUAUUAAUCAAUAAAGAGCCACAGGUUAUGGUGUAGGACUGUCUGUAGGCUAUGGGCUAUGUAUGGGACUGUUACUGUCUGUAAGCUAUGGGGUAUGUGUGAGACAAUCACUUUCUGUAGGGCUGUUGUCUAAAGGCAGGAAAUGGCAUGUAGUUUAUAGGAACUGACUUUAGGCCUAUUGUUUAAAGGCUGGCAGGUAGGGUGUAGGACUGUCUGUAAACCUAUAGUUUAAAAACCGACAGGUAAGGCAUAGGACCGCCUGUAGGACUAUUGUUUAUAGGCCAGCAUAUAUUAUAGAAAAUAAGAAGUUACCCUUUUUUUGUAACACUUGGACCUACCAGUACCAGUUAUUUUCUAAAAAUGCCUGGAGGUAUUUUCUCAAAAUACCGUACCCCGUGUAAAAAAAACUUCACCCGAUUAAACCCUAGUAUUAAUUAUUAAAAUUAUUAAUAUAUUGGACUGAUAAUUUAUUGAUAUUUCUAUUUAUUUAAAUAUGAUACAAAAUUUCAAUUCAAAAUAAUGAUAAUCAAUUACAAAUUAGCUGAAUUUGAAUUGGCCUAGGCCUAUAUUACGUAUAGUAGUAAAUAUAUACAUAAUGCAGAUGGUUUAAAAAUAAAUUUAAAGAAAUAUAUACUCUCCACUAUUAUUAUGAUUGCAGGUACUAGAGAUCAUGAGAUACUAUCCAGGAAAACAAUACAGAAGAAAGUAUGGCUUGGAUCACUGUUAUUUUUGGGAUGCAUUUGAUGUGACUAUUACAGAUAAACGUUAUAAGAAAACUUUUGUAUUAACAGCUGAUGAGAGAUUUAAAAAAGAGGUAUCAUAAUUUCUACUACAUUUCUUGGACAUACUUGACUAGGCUUUUCACUUAAUUGAUUGUGGUGUCAAAAUGAUAAUGUCCACUUUUUAAUUUACCAAGGGUAUCAUUGAUAAAUGGUUUAAUAAUAUAUUCUAGAUCUGCUCAUUUAAAGUCAACAUGCUGAUUGUUCAAGUGAUAAUUUAUUUGAAUUUUUUUUUGUAAAGGUUCUAGAUUUGAAAAUUGAAGUUAAAAAUAGGUUAACGUGACUGUUCAAUAGCUUUUUUUUUUUAAACUGCUCAAUGGUUUAAAAAAAGUCUUUAAUAUAUUAAGUCAUCUGUAACAUUCAAUAUUCAUGAGUGUACACUGUAAAAAAGGGGGUUAAAAACAAAACAAAAAAACAUUUUAGGUCCAUGCUUGUUGACAUUUUAGGCCUACAUAUUAUCGAUAGAGGCCAUGGGGUAGUUAAUAAUUCAUUAAAUUGGUGUGGCGAAUGGACGUCUAGGGGUAGGUCCACAGAAAACAAUAUCGGGUUCUAAAAAGAAAUUCUCGUAUUUAGGGUUGAGUUUUUGAUUUUAUCGGUGUGAGAAUCACUGAUCUUGUCAUUUUUUUUUCUUCUCUAAUUACAAAUAAUUGCUUGUUUUCUCCAAAUUUUGCAUUUUUUAAAUUUUACAAUUUUAAGUAGGAGGAAUAAGAUCUUAUGUUUAAAAUAAUUAUGUUAAUGAGAAAAUGAUAUUCUGAAGCAUGUUUUCCACUUUCUUCCAUUAAUUUAUACUAUUAUUAACAAAUGCUGAAAAAAAAUAACAUUUUUUAUAUUGAGAAAUAUGCAAGAAAUAUGGGUGAAAAUGAUGAGCUGAAAAUGAGUCACAAUGUUAAAAAAUGUGUAUUGAGGUCCCAACCAAAAAAUUCAUAACUUUUUUACCACUUAUUGGUAUUUUUGUAAAACUCUCAGUCAGCUCUAUUUAAAUGUAUUGCAUUUAUAUUUUUAGAGAUAUUUUGAAAAUUUCACAAAAGCACCUAAUUUGACUAAUUUUUAAAUUUUAUUAUCAUAUAAAAUUAAUUAUUAUUUAGCCUUUCUUUACUUUGCCUUGCUGGCAGGGUUGUCAACUCAAAAAAAAAAAAAAAAUUUCUUGACAAAUAUUCUAAAUCUGCACAUUUUUAACAAGCAAGCAAAAUAUUGUAGGGACACACUUUAAAAAUAAAUGGCAAAGCUAAAAAAAUAAUUUUGAAAUAUCCAUUUGCCUAUUUUAAUAGGAUUUUUUCUGUAUGACCCAAGCUUGAGCCCAUUAUAUAACGUUAUUUUAUAAUAUACCAUUCCCAUUAGUGUUGAUUUUCUCCUGAUUAUGAUCCUAUAAGUUUCAAGCAAGUAAGAUAUAAUUUAAAAAUUUGAUAUAUCAGUUGCUUCAAAAAAUCGUGUGCAAUGUUUCCUUUUAUAAUGUAAUUCUAGUGGGGGGAGGGGGGCAUCCACACAUGAUUUCACAAUCAUCACAAAGAUGUAACACAAAUUAGAAACUUUUUCCUUUUUGUCUAAAACUUUGUGAAACCAGACAUGUGAUGUCAUUUAUGGAUAUCCCUUUCGGACAUGUCAUUUUAGGUCACAUAUUUCCAGACUGUCCAUAAAUUUACAGAAAAUUGGCAGUCCUGCUUGUUGAUCCCCUUGUAGAUUGCAAAAUGUAAGCUUGACUACCGGUAGCCUGGUACAAUUUACUCGAGGCUCUUAAAAAAAAAUUAAAAUUGCCCUCUGCUAUAUUUUUGAAAAAUGGAAUUUGUUCAGAAAAUAUUCUUUAAUUUAUAUUGUGCUAAAGAGAUGUAACAAAUUUACAUAUGUCAUAUGUGAUUAUGAAGUACGAAAUAUUUUAAAAUAAGACUGCAAACAAUGUUUACAUUUUACUUGAACUCAAUGAACCAAAAUUUAGGAUAAAAAUAUGCAACUGUGAUUUUUAAAUUUUUGUAUUCAGGGUGAGAAUCACUGAUAAUAGGUUUUUUUUGUUUUUGUUUUUUUUUGUUUCUCUUGAUAACUACAAAUCAUUGCUUGCUUUUUUAAUGAGUAAGCUUUGUUUAUAUUUAUUAAAUUUGUUUUAAUCCCAUGAAUUCUUAUUUUAAAUAUUUUUUUGUGAGCCUUAUUUUGGUUUGGAUUUUCAGUUGCAUCCUGGCUCAGUUAUAAAAAUUAAUAAAUAUUCAAAAUAUCCAUACAAGGCAAGUGCCUAUUGUCAGACUGUAAUAGAAGAGCUUGAAGUGGUAAAUGGAGAGUUGUAUGAUAUUACAGGUAGGGUAACUCUCAUUAACAUGGUAAUCCCUCCCUGCUAUCCUUUUUCCUCAACACACAGAUACACACCUUUUUCUUUUUGUUAACAAUUAAACUUUUUACAAUUUCUUGUUGCUUACCCAGCUUUUUAGUAUUUUUUUCCAUGGGAGCCUUUUCAGAAUAGUUCAAUUAGCAUUACUGCCUGAUCAGAAACUUUCAGAGUGUUAUUUGUAAAACACCCCCUCCCCCCACCCCCCAAAUUUGAAGUGAGUUCGGAAUUCAUGAUGAGAACAAAAAAGGGUUUAAGAAAGACUAACCCAGAAAAUUCCAUUCUAAAAUAUAAUUUCAUACAUAAAAAUAUGAAUGAUUAAAAUUAUAACAUUGUUUAUUUUGUUGCAUAUUGAAAAUUCUUAGUAUUAAGAAUUAAAUUUGCAUUGCCAGAAUGGCUUUAAACUUUAACGCAAAGUAGUUAUUGGCUUAUGUUUAAAUUACUUUUUGUGUCAAAUGGAUCAAUUGUCAAAUUGAAAGAUUUAAUAUUUGUGUCAAAGUGAGGGUAUUGUUUGUAUUGUUUAUUUCAUUGUUUAGUGCUUAAGGUGGGUGAAAGUUACAUUUUAACACUUAUUUUUAAUUUUUAAUACUUCUGUUGCACUGAUUGGUGACAGAUUUGAAGAAACUGCCAUGGAUUCCAUCACAUUUUUCAAGACAAGAAAAGAAUCUACCCCUGGCAUCUGACAGAGAUUACUACGUUAAUAACUGGACAUUUGCUUUGAAUUUUGACAAGCUCAAAGUUGAUGAGGGUAAUGUCAAAAAAGAAAUUCUUCAUAAAUUAAACAGAAGCAAGUUAGUAUGUCACCAUUUUUUCUUCAGUACAGUUAUUUUUUACAUUUAAGUUUUCUAACUAUCUUUGUUCCAAAAAUAUUGACAUUUUGAAUAUGCUAAAUAUAUUUUCAUUGAACUUUUUUCUUUUUUUUUAAAUCACUUAAUUUACACAGUCACAUCACUAGUCAUCCAAACAAAGCCAGCUAUGAUUUAUUAUUUUAUUAAGAAUAUUGCAUCCAUUUCUUUAUAAAAAUUAAAUUAAUCAUACUUUUAGAUUACAUUUAUAAAUAAUAUUUCACAUAAAGGUAUUUUAAACUUAAAAUUCUUCUCUUUUUUAAAUAAUGAAAUUUAUCUGUUCAUUUCAACGUCUCUUUAAUUGUCAUUCACUGCCUUUCUGAUUUUACCAAUGCUUGGUCUUGCUUUUCUUUCAGUUCUGCCCAUCUGCAUGCGAGAAAUUGACUUGACUAAGGUCCAUUCACUUCAAGAUGUGGUCAAUAAAAAAGCUCCCAGAUCAAAAGAUCAAUUGUUAAUUGUAAAAGUCAUGAGAAAAUCUAAUGUCAUCCAUUUUUUCUCUCCAUUCUAUGAUGACGAAUGGCCUUUCCAGGUUUUCUUCUUUUUUUAAAACCACUUUUUACACUUUUUUUGUUGUUGUUUUGCUGAGAAAAAUAAACAUCGACCAGAUCUGUUGAUAUAGAUAAUUUAUGUAAUUAUUUUUAUCAAGCUAUUUCAAUUUUAUAACUAGUUAAAUAGUCAAAUGCAAUAUGAAUGUUUUUUUUUUUUUUUUUUUUUUUUUUUUUUUUAAUAUUUAUUUAAACCUCCAUUUUUAUAUUUUUUUUUUUUUUUAAAAAAAAAAAACUUUUUAAAAAAANGAGCAGGGGCUCUCAGAAAGAGAGACACAGGAUUUUAAGUGCAAUACAAAAGCUAUGUCAAAUUACUUUUACGUUUGUUAAUCCUAAAAUCUAAACUUUAAGACAAUAUUAUAUAUAUAUCUUUUCAGUUCUUUGGCGUUAGGGUCAGCCUAGCUCAUUCUUACAUAGAAUGAGCUAGGCUGACCCUAACGCCAAAGAACUGAAAAGAUUUAAAUACGUUCUUACUUUUAUUAAAUUUAUUACGUAAUAAAAACGUAACCUUUAAAUAUACUUCGUAUAAGAAAAUGCAGUUAAAGUCAAUCAGUGCAGUAAAGCUCCAUAUCCAAAUAGCAUACACUGAUCCACUUAUAAGAACAAACCAUAUGAAGUGCAAAAUGUUAUUUUGGGUAUGGAAGGGACUAUAAUCUCGUGGAAGAUUAUAUUAGUUUUAUUUAAACGUGGGAGGGGGGGGGGAGUCAUUUUGUCCCAGGCAGCUCAAGAUAUGUCUCAAAAUACAGGAAUGAAUUUGAUAAAUAAUUAAUCUUCUUGGGUACAAACAUAUCGGAGGUAGAAAAUAGGAUGUGUACAUUUUACAUGGAUGACAAUUUAUUUAAAUCCUAUAAGUUUAUUACAUUUGUGAAAAAAGACAUGUUACAUUCUCUUUUUGCAAAUAUUGGUAUUUUCAUUUUGCCCCAGGCAGCACAAGAUACGUCUCAAAAUAAAGGAACAAAUUUGAUAAAUAAUUAACCUUCUUGGGUACAUACAUAUCGGAGGUAGGAAAUAGGAUGUGUAUAUUUUUACACGGAUGACACUAUAUUUAAAUCCUAUGGUAUUACAUUUGUGAAAAAAGAGAUGUUAAAAUCUCUUUUUACAAAUAAACAUAUGUUUACCAAUUAAGAAAAUCAAUGGCGUUAACAAAACGUGGAUACAUUUAUAUAAGUAUACCCAUGAAUAUCAAAACCCAAUCAUUUUACUCGCUUGAAAAUUUAAUUUUGAAAAAUGGAGAUGGGUUAAUACUUUCUUUCAAAAAAUGAAAAUAUAUUUCUGUUUUUAAUUUGCGAAAAGUAAAGUGGGUGUGUAUUUUUAUGAGAUUAACAUACAACAUUUUUUAAAAAAAGACACUCAAGCCUUUAGAUAAAGAAUUCUUUAUUUGACGAUUUUCUGAUAAUGUAUAAUUAAAAAAACAAAGCAAGUGUGUUUAAAUUUUUGAGGAAGAUAUCAAUAUAUCAAAUUCCUUUAAUAUAAAAUAUAUUUAUAUCAUGUAUAGAGUUUUUGUUUUAAAUUUAAGAUUAUGUUUUUUAACAAUUUUUAGAGAAAAAAAGUUUUAGUUCAAAGGGACGAAAAGGGGUAAUCCAAAGUAUUUCUCUAGCAUAGAAAUCGUCCUUCAAUUAACUUUUUUAGUGACAAAAGUGAUAUAAUUACUGAUAAUUUAGUUUGGGUAAUUUAAGGUCAUGUUUAGAGGGGGAAAAAAGUAAUUUAGGGGUGUGAAAGGGACUAGGGUAGGCGUAUAAUAUAUAGCAGAUAAAUACUUUUUAAAACUUAAUGAUGUUAGAAAUGUAAAUAUCAUAAAAUAGAUACUUCUUUUUAAAGUUAGGAAUUGUGAUGAGUUUUUAAAAUAACCGGUAGAAAUUAUCACAAAGGCAAAGGAUUAUUAUUAUCCAGAGAAAAUGGGGUCAUAUAUUCUAGAAUUAUGAAUCUUUAAAAAUAUGAUUCAACUUUCAAGCUGUGAAUAUUUUUUUUGGGUUGUUCAUAUGAAAGGUCAAGGUGCGCUCUAUUUUUAAAACCAAAUUUAGAAACAUGUCAUAGAUAGAAAUUCUAGGUUAUAACCCAUAAGGUUAAGGUGGCAGGAUGAUAACUUGAGAUGUCUUUUACAUUUUGUAACAUAUAGUUAAAAAUAAAUUUUGCAUGUGGCAUAAAUUCUAAAUGAAAAGUUAUUGAAUUUGAAUAAUGUUAGUUAUGCUUUUAAAAAAAUUUGAUCUUGACUAUUUUAGACAUUUGAAGCGCGGCAAUUAACUCUUUGACUGCCCCUUGCAUAUUAUUUUUAGCUUCCCCUUGUUGUUGCUGACCACACUGGAUGGUGCACUGCCGUUUUGUGGAACAAACUUGCGGUGGAACUUUUCAACAAGUGGGUAGAUAUUCAUGGUUUUUAGUUUUAAAAAAAAAAGUAAUUUAAACAUUUAUUUUUAAAGAAUAAGUUUUUUAUAUAUCAUUUUCUUGACUGAAACAAUAAUCAAAAUUAAUUUAUUACUCCAAAAAUAAUACAUACCACUUAUAAUUUUUUUAAUAUGACAGCAUUAAUUUAUGCUAAAGCUAGACAUUUUAUUUGCAGCUUUCAGGAGGGCAGCUUACUCAUGAUUAAGCAUUUCAAAAUCAAGGAAAGUUUUCAAAAAAAAUCUCAGUACUUCCAGACCCCACCCCAAGGAAAUGUGGUCUUUGACUCAGAGAUAUGCUUGAAUCAAACCAGUGUUGUCAGAGUAAUCCAUAACAUUUCAGAUGCUGAUGUUGAGAGGUUGAAAAUGCCUGAUCUGGAGUGCUGUUUAAUUACACGCAGAGAUUUGAUGUAAGUUGGAGUAAAAAAAAAACAACAACCUUGUUUAGAAUUAAAAUGCCAUGAGCUUAUCAGAUAAUUCAACCUGUAAAAUUUUAGCAGUCUUAAUAGUUAUCCAUUUAGAUGAAAGCUGUAAUUUAAAAUCACGUCUUGCUUCUCAGUUCUGUUCCCGACUUUGCAAUAGUUGAUGUUGCAGGUUGUGUUACAUUUGUGGGAAGGAUAGAGCGUGAACCAAGGAAAGGUGAUUAUUUAGUUCAGUUAACUUAUUUCUAAAUUAAGUCACAUUCAGUUUGUAGAAGUGGAUUAUGACCUUUAUAAACAGCCUUUAAUUCUAAAUGCAGUUAUAUAAAUAUAGUAUUAAGUUAAUUAAGAGCCUGAAAUUAAUUGUAAAGGAAUUUAUAUAUAUAGUAUAAACAGACUGAAAUUAAUUCUAAAUGAAGUUGUAUAUAUAAUGUAAACAAAAUGAAAUAUAUAUACAUACAUAGUAUAAACAGACUGACUAUGAUUUAAAAGUUAUCAAAAUAAAACGUUUAGUGACUAUUGCAAGUUGCUCUCACCAUUCUGAAUAAACAGUAACAUAUGUAUGUGAUUCAAGCCCAUGCCAACCCUCAAGCAACCUUCACUUUUUUUAAACCUCAACUGGUAUUUUACCCCCCUUCAAAAUUCUUGAUAACAAUUUCAUGUGCUUGGUUUAUAAAUAUUUAUUUUAUCUUUAUUUCUCAUUCUCUAAUCCUAGAUAUAAAAUAUCAUCAAAAGGAUAGUGGGGGUUUCUAUCAUCGCCGAUGGAUACAUUUAAAGGACAAAUCACUUCAUGCACCAACUGUUGUACUCAUUUAUGAGGGGUAUCAGGUAUUAGCUUUUUUUGUAAGUCUUUUGAUUUUUAAAAAAAAAUAAUAGUUAAAACUGUUAUGCUGUAACAUACUUAGGAUCGGGCCGUUCGGGACGAAAUAUUUCCAUCAGGACUGACCGAUUUAAAAAUUAUUUUGUUCCCCAAUCUGUACGAAUUUACCGGCGUGCUUCCUCUGAAGUCACACAUCUGAAUGAAAAAUAAUAAGUCCCUGAUUUUGCUAAGAGCACUCACUGAAGGGCUGUUUGAAAUAAUUUAUUAUAAAUGUCUUGUGUUCAAAUUGUUUUAUUUUUGAGCUGAAAUUGUAUAAUGCAAUCAAAAAACAUUUUCAUUUAUUUGGAUCAAUAAAAGAAUAUUAUCUUAUCUUAUCUUAUAAGUAACUAAAAUACUUAUGAAAUAAAUAGAACUUUAAUUAAAUGAUUAUUUUAAAAUUUUGAUUUCAUAUGUUUAAUAUUUCUAUGUUUUUAAAGAAUAGGCAUACUCAAUAAAAUUAGCACCAUAUAUUUUUGUUAAUAGACUUUCUAACUUUUCCAUUAUAUUUUAUAUAUCAAUCAGACAAUUGAAGAAAAAAAAUAUUUGAAAAAUAAUGAAACAAAAAGCAAGUAAACUGUUGACUUGCCUUGAUUCUAUUAUUUCAAAAAUACCUAUCAUAAUUUAAAUAUUUCAGAGUGAAUGUUUCUUCAACAUAAGUCCAGGUCAACAUCUGUUGUGUAGGCAUAUGCUGACUAAUCAUGGGUUGUCAACACUCCAAUCCUCUAGGCAACAAAGAUACACCUGGCUAACUACUACCAGUAACUCUAGGGUAAGUUUAUCUUUGCACUUUCACUUUAUAAACAAGAAUAUUGCCUUUGGAUAGCCUGCUCUCAUCCAUUGUUGUUUAGUGGAUAAACAAUGUUGCCAGAGACUCAAAUGUAUAUUUAACCAGAGGAAUUUCUCAAUUAAUUCUAGAUAUACACUGUGAGGCCUUCAGAUUAUGAUCAACUGCCCAAACCCCUGGAUACAGUAGUAAGGAAUGCAUUUACAGAAUAUAGAAAAGAUGAAUUUGUUAAUCUUUAUAUGGAGGGUGGCUUCUUCACAUACCCUCCCCUACCAUGUACCAUGGAAGCUUUCAUAAAAGCUGUACCGAAGUAUCGAGACCAGGUAAUUUGCAGUAGCUUUUUCAAAUAGCUAAAAUGUAUAAAAAACACUAAAAAAAGAAGGGGACAUUUGGAUUUUAAAAUUAAAUGUAGUAGUUGCAGAUCCAUAUUGUGGUAAGUUCUUGGCAUAUAUCACCAUGCUUCCCCCUUACAUCAUUGCAUUUUCUGAAACCAAUCCCAUGAGUAGAUUCAAUAACAUUAAAACUUCCAAAGAGAAUGAACUAUCGGAUAAAUUUAUAACUUUAAAUUCAAAUCUUAAGAAAACUUUUAAUUAGUGUUAACAUUUUAAAUUAGUUAAUUUGUUCUUUUAGGUAAUGCAAUGUCAAUUACUUUUUUUAAAUAAGAUCACAGAAAGUGGCCAGCUGCUGCAGAAAUUUAACAGAAUGAACUGGAGACAAUGCCAUCAGCUUGUUGUGGAGGCCGCUUUCCUGUCCCUGAAUUACGUUGAUCUCAACAAACAAAAAAAGUCUGUGAUAAACUAUUCACAUUAUUUAUGUAUACCGUAUGUUCGCAUUAAUGACACAUCUUGUACAAAGUUUUACUUUCCCCGCACCCAGGGUGCAUCUUAUAUAUAUAUGGGUGUGUCUUAUUUAAAUAUUUUUACAUAAAUCUUCAAAACCAGCGUCUUAUAUAUGGGUGCAUCUUAUAAUUAGGUGUGUCUUAUAUGUGCAAAAAUAUGGUAAGUAUUUAUCAACACAAGCAAACAUUACAGUGUGUGAUAUUGAAGGACGAUUAUUUGCGGGCGAUAUUCACGUUUCUGGAUUUUCAUUUCUACUUGUAAAAACAAUUGGGUAAGUGUUCAGUAAAAACCACGUCUACCAAUCCAAUGCAGGCCACUUCAAAUUUAAAAUCCUUUCGUUUCAACGUUUUGUAUAUCAAUGAAGCCGCCUUUACAUCUAGCGUUUAUUGUUUCUCAACCUAGAGUCCAAGUACUCAACCCAUCCGCUGGUGGCCCAGCGGCAGAUAAGAAUAAACAAUAAUAUUUGCGGUCCUGCCUCAGACAAUUCUUUGAUCUACCGGUAAACUAAAAUGGUAAUGAAGCCUUGUUUACAUCCAACGGGUGAUGAAACAUUUGGACAAAUUUUCAUUUAUGAUCAAGGAAAGGAAACCACUGGAUAUAAAUUGCUCAGUUGGCUAGGCUGCGGAUAUAAAUUGCUGUGUGGCAGAUGGCUAGGCUGCGUACGUCUUAUGUAAUUUUUGUUUGCACAAAUCGCCAAAAACCCCGUCUUAUAUAUGGGUGUGUGUUAUGUAAAAUAUUUUUUACACAAAUCGUCAAAACCUGCGUCUUAUAUAUGAGUGUGUCUUAUAUAUGAGUGUGUCUUAAAUGCGUAAAAAUGUGGUAUUUUGUUUUUGCAAACGGAUGUUAAAAGAAUAACAUUAAAAAAUAUUAAUUAAUUUUAGAUAUAGGUAUUGUGAGGCAUCCAAUGCUAGAAAAUCUAUUAAAUGGAUGAAAUUAUACUUGUAAAAUGACUAUUUUCAUUGCCAUAAUCAAAAUUUUAUUUAGGGAGCAUUCUCUCAUUACGGAGUCAGAAGAUGAAGAGAGUGAAAAAAAUGAGCUGGGUUCUAUUGAUCGUGAUUGCAUUUCUCAGCUUUGGUCAAAACAAAAAACAGGUAUGAAUGAACGAUCCCAUUCAAAAUUAUUGUGAUUUUACAAAACAGAUUAAGUUUUUUUUAAAAUAAAUGGUGUCCAAAUUUUGAUUAAUCAGUUUGAAAUUGUUAAUUUAUCUUUUAAAAAUUUAUGAACAAGCAGGAGAAAGAGUUUAUUGAACCAGUUCAGUGGUGUGUUAAAUAAAUUAGUUUGGAUUGUAGGCCUGGCAUAAGUAUUGCUACCGGAGUGCUUUUGCAAUUGCAUUAAAGAUGCAUAUUAAAAUAAAAUCUAAUAAGAUAAAAUAAUUAUCUGAUUCUGAGGAAUAAAGUUAAGAAUUUUGUUAUUUUAUUAUUCCUUCACUUAUUAAGAUUUUCUAGUGUUUGUCUGGAAUCAUUUUGCACUUGGGAUGAAUCAUUUCUUUGCAUUCUCAUACCAACUUAUACAUUUUUUAAACAUUGUUUCCGGCUUUUACCAUAUUCAAUCAUCUUAUGUAAUAACACCCAUUAUUUACCAUUAUCUUUCUGAGUUUGACCCUGUGCACGAACCAAGUCUAUUUUUACCUCUACCAGGAAACAGAUCUAGGCCAAAGUGUGCAGUAGUUUUCAAGUGGCACAUUCUUAAUGAGCCAAUAACACUCAACACCAUUAAACCUAUAGGACUCUGUGCUGAAAGCUGUAUCACCGAGUGCAAAGAGCUUAUCAGUGGCAUACAUGACUCAGACCUUGGCCUGCUUCACGCUGCCAAGUUUGACCUAAACCAAGAGGAAGUCACUGCAAUAAAUCAUUCAUCAGUAAAACUGGUCCAGUCUAAAUUCACAUUACUUUUGGAUGUCUACACAGAUGCAGGAAAUGGCCAGCUGAUAGUACUGAAGCGUGGGUUUGAGUUUUAAACCAGCAUUGCCAUCAUUUAAGUUAACCUAUUUUUUAAAAGUUCUUUAUGUGAAGUUGUGAUUUGAAAUCUGAAUUUUGUAUCGCUUUGAAAAACAAUUUUGUUUCAUGCCUGGAAAAUAAAUAUCUCUGCCAUCUUGGUUCUGUUUGCAAGUCAAAUUUAUUUUAUUAUGUAAACAUUACAAAUGGUUAUUUUAUCAAACGCGAUCAAAACACUGUUGAUCACACCCUGAUGUAAACAAAUCAAAACUGCAAAAGCCAUCAAUGAAAACGAAACAUAUAUUUAUCCAGUUAUUAGAGCUUAGAUUUCUAUUUUCUAUUUAUUAAUUCCACCA